AGCAAGAAAAGACAACAUUUUAUUUAGAAAUAAACAAUAAAUUCCUGCUGAUCCCUGCACAAAGCUGCCUCAGAAAGCAGAAGUGAAUGGCAGCAGUGACCUACUGCUGCCUUUUUCUUCCCUCUGAAGCACCAGGAACUCUGAACCAGCCUUGUCUGCGGCAGAUGUGGAUUCAAGACAUCCCUUCUGAGAGCAGCAUUGAUGAUUGGACUAAAACCCAGUGGAGAGAGAUUAAUGUGGAACAGAUGGAUGUGCAGCUCAGAAGGUUUGCCAAGGCAGGUCCCACAGCCAUCUAUCUCUGCAAUUUAUCUGUCUCAGUGCCACCCCUUCCUCACUCUUCCCACCCACUUGGAUGUUUCAUAGCCCUGCAGAAGAAAAUUCCAAUGGGACACGAGAAGUAUGAAGUAAAAAUAACAAAGACUCCCCAGACUAUUUGUAGGAUACUACAGCUGUGCCUCACAGACAGCACAGUGGUUGAAUACAAAGUCUUGAACCUAACAGGUCAGGCUUUCAGUAGCAGAAGAUCUUCACAGACCUGCUGGGACUCCAGUUUCAUAAAGGUAGAAGAUGAAGUCCAAAUUGUAGUUGUCAAUGCUGUGCAAGAGUUGAGCACUGAAAAGCUGAUGGUGACUGACAUAACAGAUAAAGAAAAUGUGAUGGAAGCUACAAGGAAGCCAAAGGUGUAGGGAAGCUCUGAAGCUCUGCAGCAGAGAACCUGUGCCAUGGUUGUCCCUGACAUUGAACUGGUCUCUGUAAUAAUGUUGGCUGCUAAAGUGUUCAUUGGUGCCUGUUUGUUAGCCAGGAGGUUCAUCACCUUCUAACCUCUCUGCAGGGAGCUGCUCCCUGAACAGGUGAGGGUUCUUUGGGCUUCUGGAUUUAAUUCAUACCCAUUAGCACACACUCCAUGCCAGUGCAGCUGAAUACUGCAUAAUAGGAGGGAUUUAUGCAUGUUAUCUUAUCUUGUAUUUUAAAGACACUUUGAAUCACAUGACCAUCCUUAAUAAAUCGUCAGACAUUAAUUUGAAAAAAAAAGUGUUCUUUCUUCUUACCUUUGGAUGUUUGUAAUGUGUUUGUUUUGCAUUAAACAAUUAUAUAUCACCACUUCAUACCUGGGAUGACUGCUAC